UGUUCGCACAACUUCUGGAGUCCACUGCGUAAGCAACCGUCCCACAACCUCCUCAUCCAAAAGGCGUUGAUGGGUUGCUUCUCCGUCUCCAUUCCCGUCGUCCGCCUAUGAGAUUCAAAAUCUCCAAUCUACCCCUUCUCCCUCCCAAAACCCUAUAUCCCCUAACCCCUAAAUCUCACAUGGCCUCUCUUCUCACCGCCGCAGAAUCCCAAAUCCGAACCCGAACUCUCCAUUCGGCCCCACCGCAAGACCUCGACGACUCCCUCUGCUCCGACCACCACCAACAACAAGAAGAGCAACAACAGCAGACCUUCGCCGUUACAACGCCGCUGCGCUGCUUGACUGGCGAGUCGCGCAUCGAGCGGGCAUGGGCUCACUGGUCGAAACUGGGGCGGCCCAAACUGAUUGUGGCGCCAAUGGUGGACAACUCGGAGCUCCCGUUUCGUAUGCUCUGCCGUAAGUACGGGGCCGAUGCCGCCUACACGCCGAUGCUCCACUCUCGCAUUUUCACCGAGAGUGAGAAGUACCGGGAGCAAGAAUUUACCACUUGCAAGGAGGACCGUCCAUUAUUUGUUCAAUUUUGUGCCAAUGAUCCUGAAGUUUUGUUGGAGGCUGCAAAGAAAGUGGAGCCUCAUUGUGAUUAUGUCGACAUUAAUUUGGGGUGUCCUCAGCGUAUUGCGAGGAGGGGGAAUUACGGAGCUUUUCUAAUGGAUAACCUUCCUCUUAUAAAAUCUCUGGUAGAGAACUUGGUUCAAAACCUGAAUGUGCCUGUGUCAUGCAAAGUCCGAAUCUUUCCAAAUUUAGAGGAUACAAUCAAGUAUGCUAGGAUGCUUGAGGAUGCGGGUUGCUCACUUUUGGCUGUCCACGGCCGGACCAGAGAUGAGAAAGACCAGAAGAAAGUCCGGGCCAACUGGGAUGCCAUCAGGGCCGUCAAGAAUGCUCUCAGAAUCCCCGUCCUUGCCAAUGGUAACAUCAGGCACAUGGACGAUGUUCGUGACUGUUUGGAAGCGACUGGUGCUGAUGGGGUGCUUUCCGCGGAGUCGCUUCUUGAGAAUCCAGCUCUCUUUGCUGGGUUUCGAACUGCUGAAUGGGCAGCUGAGAAUGAAGAAACUAAGAAAGAUGGGACACUGGACCAGGCAGAUCUUUUGGUGGAGUAUUUGAAGCUUUGUGAACAAUACCCUGUGCCUUGGCGGAUGAUUCGCGCUCAUGUGCACAAGAUGCUGGGGGAAUGGUUCCGAAUUCAUCCACACAUAAGAGAAGAUCUCAAUGCACAAAAUAGACUCACUUUUGAAUUUCUUUACGGUAUAGUAGACCGGCUGAGAGAGCUGGGGGCAGGUAUUCCACUUCAUCUAAAAGAAACUACUGCUGCAACUGUUUCUGCAAAUGGGUCGUGUACUUGAACUUUGGGAUACUGGUUUAAUGAGGGUCUGUUCCAGAUAUAAUGUUAGAUUAUAUCGAUCUCAAUGUUGUAAUGUUAGAUUAUAAGGUGCACCUCCCUAUUAUACCGCAUUCUUUUGUUAUUGCUGAUUGGCGCAUCUCAGUCUACGCCCCCUUAAAAAAAGGGGAAAACAUCAAUUGUAUUAACAUCCCAUUCAGUGACUUAUGUUUUCAGUU